AUGAAGCUGCUGGAAGGAAAAGAUGAAGCUGCUGGCAAGGGGGCAGCGGGGUUUAGGUUUAGAACGCUACCUUCUGAAAAUCAAUCUAUUGAUGAUGAGUUAGAGGAGGAUGAAUCUACAAACGUAGGGGUUGAUCCUCAAACUAAUAGAUAUCUCAAUCGUCAUUAUCUCGGGAGGAUGGAUGUAUCAUGUCUUCAUUGUAAAGCCUUGCAUUGGAUGGGUGAAAAAUUGACCAAUUCAUCUUUAAUACAUCCACUUUUUGGAACUUGCUGCCUUCAAGGAAAGAUUAAGCUACCAUCCCUUAUUGCACCGCCAUUGGCGCUACAAGAGUUAUACGAUGGCAAUGAUGAGCAAUCAAAAUCAUUUCGUCAUCAUAGUCGAGAGUAUAAUGCAACUAAUGCUUUUACAAGUCUUGGUGCUAAAUUAGAUACAAGAGUGCUUAAUGGAAGAGGGCCUUUAUCGUUCACUAUCCAUGGUGAAUUACGUCAUCGAACAGGAUCAUUGCUGCCACAGCUAGGGAAUGAAGCAAUUUAUUCUCAACUGUACAUAUACGACCCUGAGUCUGCUCUAAAUGCUCGCAAUCACAGAAAUCCGCACUUGAGAAGAGAUGUCCUCAAGACAAUUCAAGAUAGUUUGUUGGCAUUUAAUCCGUUUCCUGUUAAAUUUCUUCGAGCUUUUGAGAUUUUGAAUCAAUCCGAAUCAGUGGGACAAAAUUUACCUGCUUAUCUUCAUUACAGUUCGUCAACCGAUCGUCGGAGGUAUAAUCUCCCAACAACAGAUGAGAUUGCAAUAAUUCUACCUGGCGAUGGAACAGAGAAAAGUGGAAUGAGAGAUAUUGUGUUGCAUUUGAGAGGAAAUAAUAGGCUAAUGCGAGUUAAUGAAUGUCACCCGGCUUAUUUACCAUUGCAUUAUGUUCUAUUGUUUCCCCGUGGUGAGCUUGGAUGGGAACCUGAGAUGAGACAUUGGGAUGUACGAACCAAACAAUACACAAAUAAAAGACUGACUCAAAUGGAAUUUUAUAGCUUUCGUUUGUUUCAACGAGACUCAGAGUACUCAACCAUUUUACGAGCUGAGAAACUAUUCCAAGAGUUUAUCGUAGAUGCUUGGGUAGCAACUGAGCAAAAUCGAUUGAACUUUCAUAGGCUGAAUCAAGGAAAAAUUCGAUCCGAACUUUACCAGGAUCUCGCAGAUAUUGGUCCUGAUGGGUUAGGGCCUGGUCAAGUUGGUAAACGUAUUAUUUUGCCAUCUUCGUUCCCUGGAUGUCCCAGAUAUAUGUUCCAAAUAUUUCAAGACUCAAUGGCUAUCACACGACACAAUCAACAUCCAGACAUUUUCCUAACAAUGACUGCCAAUCCCAAUUGGCCUGAAAUUACUGAGGCUUUGCUACCACAUCAGAAAGCUGUUGAUCGUCCAGAUUUGGUUGCACGUGUUUUUGAGUUGAAGCGAAAAUGUUUGAUGAGUGAGAUAAAAAAGAAGCAGGUGUUUGGCAAAGUUGUUGGAUAUGUUUAUACAAUUGAGUACCAAAAACGGGGGCUACCGCAUAUGCAUUUACUUUUGUUUCUUCUAGGUUCAGACAAAAUACAUACAAGUGCUCAGGUCGAUAAAGUAGUAUGUGCUGAAUUGCCAGAUCCUAUAGAAGACCCUUCACUUUUUGAUACUGUUAAGGGUUGCAUGGUACAUGGACCAUGUGGUGCUCGAAAUCCUCAAGCAGCAUGUAUGGAAAAUGGAAAAUGCACUAAGAAAUAUCCCAAAGCCUUUUCGGAAACAACUACACUGGACCAAGAUGGAUAUCCAAUCUAUCGACGUCGUAAUGAUGGUCAGGUGUAUAUUGUUAGGGGUCAACCGGUUGAUAACAGGGAUGUUGUUCCGUACAACGCUUACCUUUCUAGACUAUUCAAUUGCCAUAUCAAUGUGGAAGUCUGCGCGGGAAUGAGAUGUUCUCACGGACAAACAUACCUUCUCAAAAGCAGAGAGGGAAGAGGGCCAAGAGGGUUUUUUUGUGGUGGUGUUCCGAUGGUCAUGCGCUAUCGGCUCACUGUGUCCGGGUGCGUUCCAUUGCUUGGUGAGGCAGGGGGGCAGCGGGGUUGGCUAAGAAGGUGCCUCCGUGAGUCGGAGCUGCUGGUGAGAAGACAAAGGACGGUGAAGGAAAAGAUGAAGCUGCUGGAAGGAAAAGAUGAAGCUGCUGGCAGGGGGGCAGCGGGGUUUAGGUUUAGAACGUUUGUGGGUUUGAAACGUGGAAGGAAAAGAAGAAGUACGGUGAUGGAACUGUGUAAUAAAACUGUGGGCUCUUUAAUGAGAUGA